GUGGGUCAGCCAACGUUUAUAGCGGUACGUGUAGAUCAUAUUUUACUCAGAUGGCCAUUCUGAGCACUGUUACGGACGGGUUUCUCUAACGUCUUAUUCGAUUAAACCAAACGCUUUAGAAGCGCCAUCUGGUGUUUACUGCUUGUUGUUGCGCUAAGAUAAUAAACUGAACUAUCCUUUUGGAGAGGUGAGGUGUAUUCGUGAAAACAAGACACGUACAGCAUUUGAUUUUGGUCACUCAGAUGUAUGCGGUGGAGACACUGUGUUGGGAAUGCAGCCGCCCCUGCCGCCUGCCACAGUUAGAGAGCUCGUGCGGUCCUGUCUGCACAGGGACCCGGUAGCCGCAGAUUUGCGCUGCAGCUUGCUUGUGGCCGCAGUGCAGAGCUACAAACGCGACUCUGUAUUGAGGCCAUUCCCUCCUCGAUACGUGAGUGAGGACGUCAAAGAUUUUGAGGCGCUGCUGAAGGAUGUGAGUUCCCUCCCCAGCGUGAGAGACCUGGUGCGUCUGGGACCUGGACAGGGAGAACAUCAUUUGGCACUUGUCCACUGGAUUCUGUCCUCCAGAAGUUUCUCUGUGAAGACUCUCCAGAAAGAAGAGUAUGCCAGGCUCUGUCAGUUGACGAAAAGUGAGGAGAUGUCCUCAGCACCCAUACCAGACUUCCUGUUUGAGCUGGAAUACUGUGAGCAGAUGAAGCUGAGAUUUGAGAAGAUGCGAGAAGGACGGGAUCUUAUCUAUGCAUUCCAUGGCAGCAGGCUGGAGAACUUUCACUCCAUCAUUCAUAACGGCCUACACUGCCACCUGAAUAAGACAUCGCUGUUUGGAGAAGGCACAUACCUCACCAGUGAUCUCAGCAUGGCAAUCCUUUAUAGUCCCCAUGGAAAUGGCUGGCGGGAGAGCGUCCUGGGCCCAUUUCUAAGCUGUGUGGCAUUGUGUGAGGUCAUUGAUCACCCAGAUGUGAAGUGCCAGGUGAAGAGAAAAGACUCUGAGAAAAUCGACCGUCAGCGUUUGAGAGCAAAGAACAGCGAAGGGGGUGCAGUGCCCCAGAAAUACUUUGUGGUGACCAACAACCAGCUGCUAAGAGUGAAAUACCUGCUGGUGUACUCACAGAGACAGCAUCGAGCCAGACAUGCCCAGCGGACGUCGUGGUUUGUCAGACACCAUUUUGCUAUUAUGAUGAGUCUGUACCUUCUGCUGCUCAUAUUUAUCGGUGCCUUCAAUUCCAAUGCAUUCCAGUCGUUUUGGCAGAGAAUGUUCCGGUGAGCCGAUCCCCAGACGCUGACUACUACUGCUACAUGUAACAUAUAACACGUAUCUGAAGUGCCUUUGCCCACUGUUUUGUACGCAAAGGCAAUCUUUUCCAUACACAGGAAUGUGUGUGUUUCUUUGCUUGUUUGUUUCCGGUUCACUAAUAUGUCUCUGUUUUCUGUUUUUUAAACAACCAAAAUACUUCAUUUAAGUUAGCGCUUUUUAGACAAUGAAAGGAAUCUGAGCGAUUAAGUUGUUAGUUAAAACAGUUUUAGUCAAAAGAGUUUAAAAAAAGUCAGUUAAAACAA